AGCCAAUCAUUCACAGAUUCUUAUUCUUUUGAUAAAGCACAUUCUCCUGACAAGCGUUGAAAUCAUGAAGUCCUUCAAACCAGAAAAAUGCCUGAUCGGUCUUCAACAUCUAGUGCAUUGCCCGGGUGGGACGAGGCGACGAGGCAGACAGCUUUGAUUAGCGGAUAGCAGGGCGAGUAUCAAUUACAAGUCCUCUCACAAUGGGCGGCGUGAUAGGUGGGAACGCAUCGAAGCUGGAUGAGGUUUGGGAGCAUUUCCACCGCGCAAAUGUUAUGUCUUCUCUGUUCAUGGAUGUGUCUCAGACUUUAUUAUUACUCUUCCAUCCCUUCUAAUCUCCUGCAUCUCGCGAACGCUCAUCACACUUCACGGAACGUGCCGCAAACCGGUGACCUGGCACAGGCUAUUAGAAAUGCCACUGAUGCAGAAAAUUUCGUUCAUAGGCAUGCCACCCUUACUCCGAAUCAGAGGUUGAUGCUUUAUGGACCGCGUGAAGAGGUGAACUCAGAAGAGGCACAGAGCAAGAUUGAAUUCAUGUGAGAAGAUGCUGUUGCGCGUUGUAUUUAGGGAAAGAGAAAGACAAGAAAUUUGCAGAACUGAUGUUGAUGUGUGUAGUGAAGAAGUCCUUAAUGUUGACUACUGCGGGAAGCAAAAAGUAGAACGUGUCAAGAUUUUGAUCAUUACCGACAACAACCUCUGAAUUUGCAUGUGAAUGAAUACUUCCAAGAAUCUCGGUUGAAAUUUGGACGUAAAAAACGUAUUUGCCCAUUUGUGGGACAGGUGUCUUCCAUGCAGUAUUAAGUAGUUUGACUGAACGACAACGAGGUGACCCGAUUCCAACGGAAUUUAUAAUCGUGCUCCAUGCGUUGUCUGUAGUUGUGUUGGUGCUGGGAUGCAGUUCCUAGUAGUUAUGUGAAGCUGAAGUUUAUUCACACCAGUUGAAACGAUGGUGGAAGAAAUGAAAUAAGCCUUUCUCUCGACGUUUCAUCAACUUCGAAAAAUGUGUAUGCGCUGAAGUGAAAGCUUGUUGAAAAAUCGUCAUUCAGUCAAAUGGAUUUCAUGCAGUCGUGAUGAAAAGAAAAGCUGCUGCUGCUGCUGCUAUUGUAAACAAAAUUGCUGUGUGUGCUUCUGGUAACGACCAGUGGUCGCAUUGAUGAUUGAAAGAUCUUAGAAUUCGAG